GAAAAACGAAAGGAAAAGGUCUUGACACGCCUUGGUUGCUUGCAGGACGAAGCACGAGGCCUUGACAGAUGUUUGCAGGAACCUUGCUUUGCAGAAUGGGAUAUGGUUAACUGGACAAAUACAAGAGCAACAUUUGUUUUUCUGUAUGAUUCUCUGGAAAUUACCAUCAUGUUUGGAGAUGAGAUUGAUGGGGAAAAGUUUAAUAACCAGCCCUGCAGAAUAAUUUCUAGGGUAAUUUUGACAUCUCAGCUAAAUGAAGAAGCUGCACCGCCCUCAUCUCUUUUAGUCCACAGAUUGAUUUUACAGUAUUUAGAGAAAAAGGACUACCUACAUACGACUUGUAAAAUGCAAAGCAAUGUACCUCAGCUUCUUUUUGAUGUGUCCCUUGUGGUGAGCAGAUGUAAACUACUUGGAGAA